AUGCUCAUUUGGAAACUCAUAUGGUUAUUACUAUCAGUUUGUCAUCUCUGUAAUGCAUUCAGUGAUUAUCUGUUGAAAAAAUGCGAUCAAUCUGGCUUUUGUCAAAGAAAUAGACAUUACGCAUCACAAAUUGAUUCUUCAAAAUCAUACUAUGCCAUCGAUGAAGGUACUUUACAUUGGAAUGAUACUGUACUAUCUGCCACAAUAAUAAAGACCGUCAAGGGGAACCCAAUUGCUCGAUUGCCCUUUACAUUGACGUAUUUCCAAAAUUUGGAUUCCUUACGUUUCACAAUCGAUGAAAUCAGAGAAAUCGAUGAAUCCUCUUUCAUUAUAGACACCAACAGAUACAAUGAAACGUGGAAAUGGUCCUUUGAAAAGUUGCCACAGUCUGAUACACUGACCGUCAAAAAGAUCAAGUCGAACGCUUUCUCAUGGUUUAAGACUGUACAGAAUAUUAUCACCAUUGAAAACUCCAAUAACGACUUGAAAAUUGAGUUAUCAAUGGAUUCUUUCCACUUGGAUAUAUAUCAUAACAGCGAAAAAGUCAUCUCAGUAAAUGAAAAAUCGUUAUUAAAUAUCGAACAUUAUCGUACCCCAGAAUUGAAUGAAGAGAACGUUAAUGUGGAAGAAUCCAUUUUCAAUAUGUUUCACGAUAAUUUCCAAUAUUCAAGAGAUGAUUCCAUGCCAUUGGGCCCUGAAUCGGUCGGUUUGGAUUUCAAACUGUAUAAUUUUAAUUCAGUUUACGGAAUACCUGAGCAUGCCGAUUCAUUAAGAUUAAAGGAUACAAGAAAUUCUGAUCCAUAUCGUUUAUUCAAUGUCGAUGUCUUUGAAUAUAAUAUCAAUAGUACGAUGCCAACUUACGGUUCCAUCCCACUAAUGAUUUCAACAAAUACUAGGAAUGAAUCCAUAGGUUUGUUCUGGAACAAUGCCGCGGACACUUGGAUCGAUAUCAAGUACGAAGACAAAGAUACAUUAACACAUUGGUACUCUGAGAAUGGUAUCAUCGAUGUAGUGCUACUUUUCGGCUCAAAACCUACUGAUAUUAUAUCUCAAUACGUAGAGUUGACAGGGAAACCUGCUUUACCUUUAAUUUCAUCAAUUGGUUACCAUCAAUGUCGUUGGAACUAUAAUGAUGAACUUGAUGUUUUGAAUGUUGAAAAUGGCCUUGAUUCAAUGGGAAUCCCAUUCGAUUUUAUAUGGCUGGAUUUGGAAUACACAGAUGACAAAAAAUUCUUCACUUGGAAACUAGACUCAUUCGGCAAUCCCUUACGUCUUUUGAAGAAACUAAACCAAUUAGGUAGAAAUUUGGUGGUCCUCAUUGAUCCUCAUUUGAAAGAUAACUAUUUUGUUAGCGACUUGCUAAAAACAAAGAGCGUUGAAGUAAAAAAUUAUCUUAACCAGACAUUUGUAGGUCAUUGUUGGCCAGGUGAUUCAAUCUGGAUAGAUACGUUAUCACAAUUUGGCCAAUCAGUUUGGUUUGAAUUAUUUAAGAAUUUUACAUCGAGUUUCGUUUCAAACAAUUUGUUUAAUUUGCAUUUUUGGAAUGAUAUGAAUGAACCCUCAAUAUUUAAUGGCCCAGAGACAACGGCUCCUAAAGAUUUAAUUCAUGAUGGAAGAGAAGAACGAUCCAUUCACAAUCUCUACGGACUUACAGUUCAUGAAGCUACUUAUGCUUCAAUUAAAGAACUAUAUCAUUCUAUGAAAAGACCUUUCAUUUUGACUAGAUCAUUCUUUGCAGGCUCUCAAAGAACUGCAGCAACAUGGACAGGUGAUAAUGUAGCCUCAUGGGACUACCUGAAAGUUUCAAUUCCAAUGGUAUUAACGAACAAUAUUGCGGGUAUGCCAUUCAUUGGUGCAGAUGUAGCUGGUUUCGUGGGUAAUCCAAGUAACGAACUAAUUAUACGUUGGUAUCAAGCAGGUAUAUGGUACCCAUUCUUUAGAGCGCACGCUCAUAUUGAUUCAAUGAGAAGAGAACCAUAUCUUCUUGAUAAUUCCACAAGAAACAUUGUUCGUGAAACUAUCCAAUUAAGAUAUUCAUUGCUUCCUACUUUUUAUACAGCAUUUUACGAAUCGAGUUCGAGUGGUUCACCCAUCGCUAAACCAAUGGUUUUCCAGUAUAAUAAUUACGAGGAAUUUUAUGAUAUCGAUGAUCAAUUUUAUAUUGGGGACUUUGGCCUUCUCAUCAAACCAAUAACCGAUGAAGGUGCUACUACAACCACCAUAUAUUUCCCACCAGGAAUAUUUUAUGAUUUAAAAUCAAUGAAAUCUUUCCAAGUGGAAGAACAUGCUCAAAGGAUCGAAGUACCGGCCCCUGUUGAAAAGGUUCCAGCUUUCAUUGAAGGGGGACACAUAAUUACAAAACGAGAAAGAUCUAGAAGAUCAACAAAACCAAUGACCAAUGAUCCAUAUACCUUAGUUAUCGCUCCAGGUUUAGCGAACAAUGCACAAGGCAAACUCUAUGUCGAUGAUGGAGAAUCGUUCGAUUAUCAAAACGGAGAGUCCAUUGAAACCAUCUUUACUUUGAGUAAUGGAGAGGUACUAACCAACAAUGUUGUUCACGGUCAUUCACUCCGUUCAGAAACACUGGGCAAUUUGAAAAUCGAAAAGAUUAUUAUUGGUCUCACUCAACAGAACGGUGAUUUAUUGAAAGAUUUUGUAAAUAUCAACUCAAAUGGCGAAGAGUACCAAAUACCUGUUCACAAAAAUGCAGAAGGAACAAUGGCAUUUAUCAAGGACCCAUUAGUGUCAAUUGACGAAAACUGGGAAAUAUCAUUCAAUUAA